AUGAGCACCGCGGACGUACAGACGGGGACGACGCAUCCGGCUACGGCCUUCUCGAUCCUGGCCGCCGAGCUCUUCUACCUGGUCGCCGGCGCCAUCUGGAUCGGCUCGCUCAGCCGGUCGACGCCCGACGUCGUCUACCAGCUCCGCGAAUUCUACGCCCCGCUGUCAGUUUUCCCGCAGUUUGCCGGUUGGGUAUGCACGGGCCUGAUUCUGCUCAUCCUCGUCCUCAUCAUAUCAUUAUCCUGCGUGUUCAUAGGCCUCGUACGGAGUGUGCCCCGCGUCAUCUACCACCAUUGCUUUUUGCUGUACGCGCAAUGGCCGAUGACGCUGAUGAUCCUGGUGGGCGGGGUCGUCGACUGGGGCCCAUUCCACGUGGCCGUCAUGUUGCUCAUCUACUUUUCGGGUCUCGCCGGCUUUGCCCACCUAUACCACUACGUUACGUGGAUUCCCACUUUUGGCGUGGCCAUCAUUCAUUCGGCC